GCCGGCCCUGAACGCGGUCCCGCCCGGCGCCUUCCUUCGCGGAGCGGCGACCCGAGCGCGGCCCGGCCGAGCGCGCGGGAGCUCCCCGACGGCGCGCCGCGCCGCCCGCACCGCACCCGGCCCCGCCGGCUCCGGCCCCACACGGACCGCGAGGCCCCUCGGUCCCCGCUCUGUGCCCGCUGCGUCCGGCUCGGUCCCGCUCCGUCCCCGCUGCGCCCCCCGCUCUGUCCCCACUGCCACCCCACUCUGCCUCCACUGCGUCCCCGCUCCGUCCCCGCUCGGUUCCGGCAGUGUCCCCGCUCUGUCCCCCGCUCGGUCCCCGCAGUGUCCCCCGCUCGGUCCCCGCAGUGUCCUGCUGCGUCCCGCCCGCCGAUCCCCGGCGAUGCUGCGCGGCGCCGCCUGGGCGCUGCUCCUGGCCGCCGCCCUGGGGCUCGGGGUGCGCGGGGUGCGCGGCGCGGUGGCCCUCGCCGACUUCUACCCGUUCGGCACGGAGCGCGGCGACGCUGUCACCCCCAAGCAGGACGACGGCGGCUCGGGGCUGCAGCCGCUCUCCGUGCCCUUCCCGUUCUUCGGCGCCGAGCACUCCGGACUCUACGUGAACAAUAACGGAGUCGUCUCCUUCCUGAAGGAGGUCUCUCAGUUCACCCCCGCGGCCUUCCCCAUCGCCAAGGACCGCUGCGUGGUGGCAGCCUUCUGGGCAGACGUGGACAAUCGGCGUGCAGGUGACGUGUACUACAGGGAGGCCACUGACCCUGCCACGCUGCGCAGAGCCACAGAGGAUGUCAGGCGCUACUUCCCCGAGCUCCAGGACUUCUCCGCCACCUGGGUCUUCAUAGCCACCUGGCACCGUGUGACCUUCUUUGGAGGCAGUUCCACUUCCCCCGUCAACACGUUCCAGACCGUGCUCAUCACUGACGGCAAGUUCUCCUUCACCAUCUUCAACUACGAGUCCAUCACGUGGACCACAGGCACACACGCCAGCAGCGGGGGUGACACCACUGGCCUGGGAGGGAUCGCGGCCCAGGCUGGCUUCAAUGCGGGUGACGGGAGGCGCUACUUCAGCAUCCCCGGCUCGCGCACCGCGGACAUGGUCGAGGUGGAGACCACCACCAACGUGGGCGUGCCCGGGCGCUGGGCGUUCAGAAUCGAUGAUGCCCAGGUGCGCGUGGGGGGCUGCGGCCAUACAACCUCCGUGUGCCUGGCCCUGCGUCCCUGCCUCAACGGCGGCAAGUGCAUUGACGACUGCAUCACGGGCAACCCCUCCUACAGCUGCUCCUGCCUCUCAGGCUUCACCGGGAGGCGGUGUCACCUGGAUGUUAACGAAUGUGCUUCCCAUCCAUGUCAGAACGGCGGGACCUGCACACACGGCAUCAACAGCUUCAGCUGCCGAUGCCCAGCCGGCUUCGGGGGGCCCACCUGUGAGACAGCACUGUCUCCAUGUGACACCAGAGAGUGUGAGAACGGCGGCCGGUGCCAGGCGGAGAGCGGCUCGGCGGUGUGCCUGUGCCAGGCCGGCUACACGGGCACGGCCUGCGAGACGGACGUGGAUGAAUGUGCCUCGGGCCCGUGCCUGAAUGGAGGCUCGUGUGUGGACCUCGUGGGGAAUUUCACCUGCCUGUGCUCAGAGCCGUUCGCAGGACCUCGCUGCGAGACAGGAAGCCACCCAGUGCCCGACCCCUGCCUCUCAGCCCCUUGCCAGAACGGGGGCACCUGUGUGGAUGCAGAGGAGGGCUACGUGUGCGAAUGCCCCCAGGGCUUCACUGGCCUCGACUGCAGGGAGAGAACCCCUGAGCACUGUGGGUGCCGCAACGGUGGCAGAUGCCUAGAGGCCAACACCACCCUCUGCCAGUGUCCGCCAGGGUUCUUUGGGCUCCUCUGUGAAUUUGAAGUCACAGCCACGCCCUGCAACAUGAACACGCAGUGCCCGGACGGGGGCUACUGCAUGGAGUACGGGGGGAGCUACCUCUGCGUCUGCCACACCGACCACAACGUCAGCCACUCGCUGCCAUCACCCUGUGACUCGGACCCCUGCUUCAACGGAGGCUCCUGUGACGCCCAUGAGGACUCCUACACUUGCGAGUGCCCCCGAGGGUUCCAUGGCCGGCACUGCGAGAAAGCCCGGCCACGCCUGUGCAGCUCGGGGCCCUGUCGGAACGGGGGCACGUGCAAGGAGGCAGGCAGCGAGUACCACUGCAGCUGCCCCUACCGCUUCACCGGGAGGCACUGCGAGAUCGGGAAGCCAGACUCAUGUGCCUCGGGCCCCUGUCACAAUGGCGGCACCUGCUUUCACUACAUCGGCAAAUACAAGUGCGACUGUCCCCCAGGCUUCUCCGGGCGGCACUGCGAGAUAGCCCCGUCCCCCUGCUUCCGGAGCCCCUGCUCGAAUGGGGGUACCUGUGAGGACCUAGGCACAGAUUUCUCCUGCCGCUGCCGAGCAGGGUACAUGGGACGCCGGUGCCAGGCGGAGGUGGACUGCGGCCCCCCGGCGGAGGUGAAGCAUGCCACUCUGCGUUUUAACGGCACUCGGCUGGGCUCGGUGGCCCUGUACAAGUGUGACCACGGCUACAGCCUGAGCUCCCCCAACCACGUCCGAGUCUGCCAGCCACAGGGCGUCUGGAGCGAACCUCCACAGUGCCACGAGACAGAUGAGUGCCAAAUGCAGCCUUGCAGAAAUGGAGGCUCCUGCAGGGACCUCCCGGGGGCCUUUGUCUGCCAGUGCCCCACAGGCUUCACUGGAGUCCACUGCGAGACAGAGGUGGAUGCCUGCGACUCCAGCCCCUGCCAGCACGGAGGCCGGUGUGAGAACGGUGGCGGGGCCUACCUGUGCGUCUGCCCAGAGGGCUUCUUCGGCUACCACUGCGAGACAGUGAGCGACCCCUGCUUCUCCAGCCCCUGUGGGGGCCGCGGCUACUGCCUGGCCAGCAACGGGUCCCACAGCUGCACCUGCAAAGUGGGCUACACGGGCAAGGAUUGCGCCAAAGAGCUCUUCCCGCCAACGGCCCUCAAGGUGGAGCGAGUGGAGGAGAGUGGGGUGUCCAUCUCCUGGCGUCCACCUGAAGGUCAGGCCGCCAGGCAGAUGCUUGACGGCUACGCGGUCACCUACGCCUCCUCGGACGGUGCCUACCGCCGCACAGAUUUCGUGGACCGGAGCCGCUCCUCGCACCAGCUCCGGGCCCUGGCAGCCGGCAGAGCCUACAACAUCUCCGUGUUCUCCGUCAAGCGCAACGCCAACAACAAGAAUGACAUCAGCAGGCCGGUGCUGCUCCUCACCCGCACACGACCCCGCCCCGUUGAGGGCCUUGAGGUCACCAACGUGACAGCCAGCACCAUCUCAGUGCGGUGGGCUCUGCACAGGAUCCGUCACGCAACUGUCAGCGGCGUUCGUGUGUCCAUCCGGCAUCCCGAGGCCCAGGAGGACCAGUCCACCGAUAUGGACAAGAGCGUGGACAAGUUCACGUUCGGGGCCCUGCUGCCAGGAAGGAGAUACACCAUCCACGUGACUGCCCUCAGUGGGCUCGGGGGACAGGAGCCUCCCACCGAGAGCCUGGCCUCGGCCCCACUGCACGUGUGGACGCGGCCCCUGCCACCAGCAAACCUGACCGCCGCCAGAGUCACGGCCACCUCUGCCCACGUGGUCUGGGACACCCCCACUCCAAGUACCUUGCUGGAGGCAUACGUCAUCAACGUGACCACCAGCCAGAGCACCAAAAGCCGCUACGUUCCCAACGGAAGGCUGACGUCCUACACGGUGAGGGACCUGCUGCCAGGGCGGCGGUACCAGCUCUCGGUGACAGCCGUGCAGAGCGCAGAGGGCGACCAACUGCACAGCGAGCCUGCUCACCUCUACAUCAUCACCUCCCCAAGGGACGGCGCUGACAGACGCUGGCACAGGGAGGGACUCCAUCCACGGGUGCUCAGAAACAGACCGCCCCCCGUGCGCCUGCCGGAGCACCUGCUCAGUGACCGGGACGACCCCGAAGCUCAGACCCCGGCCCCCAGGUUCUCGGAGCUUGUGGACGGCAGAGGGCGAGUGAGUGCCAAGUUCAGUGGCUCACCUGGCAAAUCGGUCACCUUGAGAUCACAACCCACGGCUCUGGCGCAGCUCGAGAACACGGAGGAGGCCCCCAAGCAGGCGCCUGAGCAGGUCGGCCUGGCCCUCCAGCUCCCUGAACGCAGCAGCGACAAGGACACGGAAAACACUCCUGGGAACUGUUCAGAAAACCCCUGUCAGAACGGAGGCACCUGCGUGCCAGGUGUGGACACCCACAGCUGUGACUGCAGCCCAGGGUUCAAAGGCAGACGCUGUGAGCUGGCCUGCACCAAGGUGCCGCAGCCCUGCACUAGGCUCUUCUCUGAGACCAAGGCCGUGCCCGUCUGGGAAGGAGGAGCCUGCCACCACGUGUAUAAGAGAGUCUACAAGGUGCACCAGGACAUCUGCUUCAAAGAGAGCUGUGAAAGCACGAGCGUCAAGAAAACCCCGAACAGGUGCCAUCUCAGGGAGGAGGCCCACACAGUGUUCUGCGUAUAGCUCACAGGGUAACGGGGCAAAGGUGGCCCUGGGGGCUGAGCCCUGUGGGGUGCCACAGCCCUGUGGGCUGAGCCAGGCUGUCUCGUGUGUUUGUCCAAAUGUCCAGCCCCGUAUGGACACUCCACUUAGAAACUGUGUGCACAUACGUGUGCACCUGAACACGCACAGACUGGUCAAGCCAGGCAUGGUGGGUGCGGGGGAGACCACACAGUGGGUGCUGGGGGUCACAUGGUGGGUGCUUAGAGGGUCUCUGGUUAUGCAUGUUCACACAGUACCUGUGGUUCACACAGCACCUGUGAAUUGGGAAGCAGGGGACAUCAAUGACAGGUGCACAUAUGUAACUGCAAAUAUAGUAAAUCUCUACUUUUUAUUUACUCACAGCCAGGUUCUUUCCCCAAAGGGCCCAAGGGACUCACAGGAGUUAUUACAUAAUGUACUGCCUGAGUACAUUAUAUGCUUUCCAAACAGAAGAGUCCUCACCCCAGUCGCUCCGAAAGACCAACCAGUAACCACACACCUUAGCUUUUGCAUUACUGACUGUCAGGGAAAGACCGCAGUGUGCAAUUCGACACCUGCUUGGCCAAAUACGUACCUGUCCCUUCCACUCUCCUUCUCCUCCCCGUGACUCACAGUCGGUCAAGUGGGUGCACAGACACUAAAAUGCUAGUCUCUGCAUCAGCGCCUCGCUAGCGGUGUUCCCCAAAAUGGAAUAUACCUGAGCCAAAGAAGGGACCCCAGCAGGCAGCCUGGGCUCCGGGUACACAGUUUCUUUUCUGUUAAACCGCCUUUUCCUAUUUCAGGAAACAAAGUAACAACAGUCCGACACUGAAGAAAUCUUAGGUACAGGUAUGUUUCCCACCUCGGCUGGGUGGCUGGUGGAGCCGCUGGGAGGUCGGAGGGGCUGGCGCGGCAGGCGGGCUCCGGGACGGCUGCCAUCUCCUUGGGGCCCAGCUGUACCCUAUUACAAACCCCCAAACCAGGGGGUUCAGAACUCUCUGAGGGGGCUACAACGGGAGAGAAAAAACAAAUACCCAAGGCCUCCGAAUAGACAUAAACCUGGUAAGAUGCACCUGGGGGUGAGCACGAGUCUCACUCCACCUCCAGCAAAUGGAGACACCCCUCCCAGCCCCCCAGCAGCAGCAGCAGCAGCAGGGGGCAGGACUGACGGGGGCUGCCGUGAGGGGUCGUGGCAGGUGGGGAGCUGGGAAGGGAGGGUGGUCGGAGGGGCCUGGGGAGACGCAGACCCAGGGGCGCAGGGGUUCAAGGGAGGGCUCCCAGACUCCAUGAAUGGCGAUACGUUGAAAGAAAAAAUGGGGUGAGGGACCUUGAUCACGUAACUUUGGGGAAGUCGUGACGACUCCCUCACUGGGCAAUUCCCAACGGACGCAGAAAUCCUGAGCAUUCGGAAUCCUGGAAUGAAAGAAACCCUCUAGCCCUAUUCUUGUUUGAUCUGGCAUUUCCCAAACUCCCCUGGAAACUCCACGCCACCCGGCUUACUCGCCACCCAUAAACUCUGUCCAAGUCUUCCUAACAGUCAGGGACAUAUUGGGUUGAACCACGAAGACCCGUCUACAGCCCAGAAUCAGUCCCACGCUGAGCGUCACCGGGAAUAAGGUGGCACAGCCCCCCCACCCCCACCCCCACCCAGGGCAGCUCACUCCUCCUGCUCCAUAAAUGAGCCUCCCGAGUCCAUCCUCCUGGUGUUGAGAGGAAAGUGAGGCACCUAAGGGAACAGGCAGCUUCAGCACAGGCUAUACCGUCUUAUGGACCGAGGAGAUGAAGGAGGAAUGUUUCUCAGAGCCUUUCCAGACAAGCAGAAGCAAAAGAGCCUUGCAGGGGAGGCACCACCACAGGAAGCGUGUUCACCCCAGCCAAGGGGGGAAAGCCGAGGCUGGGGUCCGCACAGCGCGGCCUUGGCAGCCGUCCCCGGGCCGACUGCUCAAAAAGCCUCUGCGUUCAGCUCGUCUACUCAAAGGCAUCAUUCCCCUCCCAUUUCAUACCCCACAGACACACAAUGCAACACACGCCCCACGGCUCACGAGCAAUUUGCUACCAGGACAAGAACCCGCAAGUAUAGCUUGGGUCUGAAACCUUUGUAUCACAAUAAGUCACCUCCUGAAAGAAUAAUACCUUUCUCUAAAACUCAACAAGUCCAUUAGUAUAAGAACAAAUCAGAAACCCUCAAUUAACUCCCAGAUCAUCAAAUACUAGCUUCCAGGACACCCAUUCUUCAAACAAUGGAGAAAACACCACCAACAGUUCAUUUCAAUCCAGAGCAACAAGGGACAGCCUGUGUCUUCAGAGCCAAGAUCCAAGGGCAUCGCCUAACGGAAGGGAGCAGCCGGCGGCCUGCAGUGCCGCCCGAACGCCCCUACCGCGGGGUCGCGCAGCCAGAGCUCCUCGGCACACCUGCCCUCCCCCUGCUGCGUGUUGGAGAGCUCAGCGAGGCUCUGAUGCGACAGGAACACGGGGCCACCUGGGGGCGGGGACGGAGCACCGCCAAGGGAACAGGAAGCUGCGUUUUAAAGAGGUAUGGGUAUCACUCUCCUCACGCCCCGUUCUCUUUCUCCUUCAAAGGAUUCAGGACGUCCUUGUUAGACUCCAUCAACCUCGCGAGCUUCCAGAGCCCAGAAAGACGGGGCUAAAAGUGGACUGAGACGGGCGCCUGAGACAUCAGGUCCUGGCUAGCGCCCGUCCCCUCUGCAGCUUCCCUCCCCCCGCCUCUACGAGACAGACGGCCAAGGCCACGCCAGGGACGCCCUCUGGGCUGAGUCACCUCCAGGCUCCACGAGGCUUCUAGCAGCCUGUGCUGUAAGCCCGGCUGCCGUUUCCUACGGGGACAGCCCAGGCAUCGGCCUGGAUAAGCGAGGCAGCCAGCCAGGAACGCUCCUGCGACAUCCAGACACCGGCUCUGGGACUCCGAGGUCGGGGGGGGGGGGGGAGGGGGGGGCAGUUCUCCCCCGGAGACCUCACAGUCACGCUGAGGACGAGCCGCUCUCAAGCCCCCCAGGCAGAGCCGGCGGCGCCGGGAAGGGGCCGCGAUGAGGCGCCACCGCGAGGGAAGCCGAGGGCUGGGCGCCCGCCGGACCCUCCUCCACCAUCGCCCCCGCUCGUCUGCUGCAGGCGCGACCCGGCACCCGGUCCAGCAGAUUGGAAAGAGAAAGUACAAUAAAUACGAAGAUGGGGUUUACACACUUCCAGCCUCCAACCCUUUCCCAAACAGUGACUAUUUCUGGCUCCGUGGACCAGACGGUCUCCGCGGCAACGACUCAGCUCCGCAUUCACAGCAGCGCUGCCACAGACGUGUGACCGGACGGGUGUGGCUGUGUUCCAGUAAGACCUCAUCUACCCACUUGGCUAAGCCCCGCUCGAUCGGGUCACCCAGGCCUCAGCCUCGCGCAGAGAAAGCCAUGCCCCGAUGACGCACCUCGGCAGCAAAGACCCUGGAGCUGCACGGAAGCCCCGUGCGAGCCCCCCAACUCGGGAAGCCGAGGGGGUACCCACGGCGCACAGGCAGGGGCUCCUUCCUCCUCUCGGGGCCGGGUGCCACGGAGACCCGACCAUGCCGGAGAUGCUCAGCCCGUGCCUUGAGCGACACUGCUGUAGGCGGUCGGCUCGCGGCUGUUCACACACUUCCGUCUCUGCAAGCAGGGGGCCGCGCAGCCUCGCCACGUAUGCCUUCCAGAGUCUUCUACCAGCAGUCUUCUCCCUGCGGAGGCCCAAACCAAGCAAGCCAACCCACCUCGAGUCGCGUACAUUUUAGGAGCCGACCCAACCCGAACUCGAGCCCCUGGGCGCCUCCCACGGACACUGCCCCAAGUCAGCAUUCCAGCACAGAGAGGGCUCCUUCCUGUCGUCUUUUCUAAAAACACUUUUUUGAAGAGUUAGAGUAUAUUUUAGGCUUUUUGUUUUCAUUAAAAUUUUGUGUGCAUAUGUCUGUGUAUUAUGCGAUUUGUCCUUUUCAGAAAGGAAAGACGGUCAUUUCAAGAGCGUCCCCAGUGACCCAGGCCCGCCUGGAGAAGACGGGGGAGCUCACCGCGGGCUCCGGCACUGGGGGAGUGAGAGGAGACCACGUACAGACACGCGUACUGCUGACUUCUGCUGUGUCCCUGGGACCUGUCGCUGUGUGCCUACGGAAAGCUACAGCAUCACCAGCAAGUGGCGAGAUCAAGUGAUAUCACUGGAAAAGUAGAUGAAACUUUCUACUGCGAUGCUAAUGACCUCAAGCCCCUCAGCCGUGAGGCGAACACUAGCGUGUUUCAGUUUUUAACUCAGAAACGUUUGUUUCUACAAGAAACAGUCUACUGAAUCCUGAGCUUGGUGCCGUCUUAUGAUUAACUCAUCGUGAUGUUUUACAAAUCUAGUAAAUCUAGUAAAAACAUCUCCUGAUGCUAAAGGAAUCACAAUUCAUCCUGGAAACAUUCUAAAUGAGACACUGCUUUUUUCACACAGUUCUUUCACAAAACUGUAGCGUCUUCCUCGAACAUACACUCAAACUCCACCUGAAGAAAUUAGUAAUAAUGCAAAUCAGAAAACUAUCAGGUGCGUAGAAAUUUAUUUCUGCAUCAAAAUGCAAAGAGCAAUCAUGAAUUGCCAGGUUAGCCAUUCCAGUCAUAGAAAUUUGUAAUUCUACUUAGUCCCCCGACUGGACACAAGAGCCCAUCUGAGGGAGAGUACUGGUCACUCGGACGCCACAAAACAGAAACGUGAAAACGCCAGCAGAGUGAAAUGCUCUCGUUUUCACAUAACCUUGCCCACGGCCGAGAACCCAGGGAAGACAAAACCUUCCUUCCCCCGCCGCAUGUGGGCUGCCACAGAAGCAAUCCCUCACCCAUCCUGCUGCUCUCCCUCCGGCAAACCCAGGGCCAGCCACCUCCAGCACCUGCCUUGGCAGGGACUCUCCUGCCGGCCAGCUACUGCCACGACACUGGCCUCCGACACCACACAGGGACUCACUGAGCUACUUUCCUUCCGCCGAACAUGGCUCUGUGUGGUCACGCUCACACGUGAGCCCGGAGGAAACAGAAGUACCUUGGUGCUGAGUCCCCACAGCAAACAGAGCUCAGACUACAAGAACAUUCCAGUGCAUGGGGGAACGGAACGCAAACACGCAGCUACUGACUUUUCUCUUAAAUACAAGAAACGUAACAAACAUAAGCCUGCUUACAAUCCACCGGACCAGGCUUUAGAGCAGCUCCUUGGCCACGGCCCCGCUGACACCCCAGCUGGAUGGUUCUGCAGUGAGGCCGUCACGGGCGUGGCAGGAUGUUGAACGGCGGCGCUCGCCUCCACUAGAUCCCAACGGCACCCUCCCUCGGUCCUAACAACCGAGGCCUUUUUCAGAUGUUCUCAGAUGUUGCCAGACGUUCCCUGGGGUCGAGAUCGCCACAGGUGGGAAGCGCUGCCCCACAGGAUUCCCGCACAGUCUCUGCUGGAAAAAUAAGGCCGAGCACCAGAACUUUCACAUGGUUGUUAAAAUGCUGCCAAGACCUGGAUUUUGGCUGCAUCACCAAAAACGUCUUCUGCGUCACCAACCCCGUGCCGGCUCCCCCGAAGGGAGGGACACCAGGACGUUCUGAGGUGCACCAGCCCUCCCUCGCGGAGCCCAGACCAUCAGGGCCGGGCCUCUACCUCAGAGAUGACUUCUAUCACAUUCCGCUCUUUAAAUCACCCCUGAGGCCCACCGGGUUCCCCGAGGGGACUCCCAGCGCCAUGCUGUCGUGGGGCCUCCUGAAGGAGACCAGGUCCCGCCCCGCCAAAGACCCCGUGUGACUCCUCUUCUCCUCUGGUCUCAGGAGCCACCUGUGUGAAACGGGCGAUAGGGAGAGGACAGAUCAGACCGCCCCAGCCCCUUCCUGUUCUGGCGCACUCCACGCCACAUUCCUGUGGCCGCCAGAGCCUUCAGGCCUGGAUGUGGCCCACCGGCCGUGAGCUCGCUCGCAGGGAAGCCAACUUUCCUGAGAGGUCAGAGCCAGGGCCUAGGCCUCACAGACAUAGAGAGCAGCCCCCCAACCCUCCACUGGCAUCAAGAAGCUGUGCGAGAUGAAAACACACAUCACUAACAACUCCCUUUACGCUGCCGGAUGCUGAGUGCAGUUAGGAAGCAAUAUGUGUGGAUGGAAAACACGAGUGUUUCUGUGGGAAACCGGCUACUUGUUUUCAUAGAAUAAAGUGCUGUGGUGUACAAAAGCC